AUUUUUAUUAAUGUUAUUAAGAUAUUAACAGUUUGACGAUUUAUUUGUGUUUUUAUUUUAUUUCUGUUUUACUGACGUUUUAUUUAAAUUCUCCCUCCCCCUUCCCUAUUGCAAUGCAUUAAAUAGUUCAUUAAGUUUUAUUAUAUUAAUAAUGGAUACGUCUAAUGGACAAGACAAUGAUACAUCCAAUUACAACGAAGAAGAUAGUUUAGAUCCUAGAAUUCAACUGGAACUUGAAAAACUUAAUUCAUCGACUGACAAUAUAAACAAACUUGAAAUUGAAUUAGAUGAAGCUAAUACGACAUUUAGAAUGUUAAUGGCUGAAGCAUCUAGACGAUUAAAGGUACGAGCUCGCAAAUUAGGUUCAUGUAUUGAUAAAGCCCGACCGUUUUAUGAAGCACUUAAUAUGUCUAAACAAGCUCAGCAACAAUGUCAAAUUGCAGCUGUAAAAUAUCAACGAGCAAAUGAAAUUCACCAAGCUGCUAAAGAAACUGUAGCAUUAGCUGAAGCACGGUUUCUUAGUAAACAACAUGAAUGGAAAUUUGAUAGUGCAUGGCAAGAAAUGUUAAAUAAUGCUAUUCUUAAGGUAACAGAAGCAGAAAAUCAAAAGACUGAAAGUGGGCGUGAGCAUCAAAGGAAAGCAGCUCUUUAUCAAGCUGCUGAACAAAAGGUUCAAAUGCUAGAACAAAAGUUUAAACGUAGUAUUAUUAAGUCUCGUCCAUAUUUUGAGGAAAAAUACUUAUGUGAAGGCCAAUUAGCUGCACAAAAAGACACCAUAAUUCAAAUUCGAUAUGCUGUUCAACGAGCUAAACAAGAGUAUUCAGCGUGUUUGCACCGACUUGAACAGAUAUCUGAAGAAAUUCAUGUACAAAGACAAAAUAAUAAGCUCGUGGAAUGUUCAUUACAAGGUCCACGAGAACCAGGUGUUGGUGCUGAAGUUUCUUCUAUGGUCAAUGACUGGCAAGAGCUAGGUAGUAAAAAGGAUGCUAAUGGUAUGGAAGACAUAAACUUAGACUGGAACUUAGAUAAAUGUGAUUCAAGAAGCCUUGGUAGUUUAUCUAUGGAUACUAGUUCUAUUUUGAGUGAUGCAGAUGACUUAGAUUUUGAUGAAGAUAGUCAAGUGACUAUGGAAUUAGAACAACUACGUCAAAAAGUACGUGACCUUGCUACUAAGCCUUUAAUGAUGGAAAGUAAAAGAACUGAAGAGGUUGAAGGUGUAGAAGAUCGCAAAGGUUGGGAAAGUGAGUUAAAUGCUACUGUUGACAAAUUGGAUCGAAUGAUGUUGAAACAGGAGAGUGAAAAAUCACAACAGCAAUCACCUGUGUAGUAUAUUAUGUAUGGCGAAAAUCAAAACUUGGUAGGCUUUCAAUUACCAGAAAUAGAAAGUGUUUGUCCUAUUUAUAGUAUGGACAAUCAAAUUUGCUGAUUGUUGGCCUCCUUUUUUUUAUGAAUGUUGUUUCCUGUUAUCCUUGUUACAGUUUAUUUAUCAAUUAAUAUAAAUUUAUCACCUAUUAUUUCCAUUUGGAAAUUGUAAAUUA